AUGUCUUUAGCUAAAUCUGCUGCCAAUAAAUUAGACUGGGCCAAAGUCAUCUCUUCUUUAAAGAUCACUGGCUCCACUGCCCAACAACUAUCCAGUUUUAAGAAGAGAAAUGAUGAAGCCAGACGUAAAUUAUUGGAAUUAGAACAACAAUCAUUAAGUGUAGAUUUCGAUAAAUAUAGAAGUAUUCUUAAAAAUAAGGAAGUUGUUGAUAAAAUCGAAUCCCUAUUCAAUUCAUAUAAACCAGUCCAGAUUGACACUCAAUCCCAACUAAAGAUUAUUAACACUUUUGAACAACAUGCCAUGACCAACGCCAAGGAAACUGAAGUAUUAAUUGAAAAAGAAUUAAUUACUUUGAAGGAAAGUCUAAACCAGAUUGAAAAGGCUAGACCGUUUGACCAAUUAACUGUAGAAGACUUAGUCAAAGCCAAACCAGAAAUAGAUGCUAAAGUUGUUGAAAUGGUUAAGAAGGGUAAAUGGGAUGUUCCAGGUUACGAAGAAAAGUUUGGCUCUUUGAAUGCCAUGUAA